AACAAAUAAAUUGUAAAAUAAAUUCAGUUUUAACUCUUUUUCAAAAAUUACACUGCAUCAUCUAUCAUUAUUAGUGAAUAUCAAACUUUCUUAAUUAGAAAAAAACAAAACAAAACAAAAACAAUUGAAUACAAAGAGAUACAUAUUAGAAUAUAAUCAUCAUUUAGAUUAUUGAAAAGAAAUUCUUUAUUCAUGGGUCGUACAGAUACAUUUGAAGGAAGAUUAGAACGUAAACAACAUAUAAUUGCUGAUAAAAUUCGUUUAAUAUCAUAUCCAUUUAUUAGAGCAUGUUUAGCAGAAUUUUGUGGUACAGCAAUUUUAUUAAUAUUUGGUUGUGGUGUAUUAGCUCAAACAUUUUUAGGUGAUCAUGGUAAACAAGCACAUGGUGGAUUUUUAUCAGUUAGUUUGGGUUGGGGAUUUGCUGUUUAUAUGGGUGUUAUAUUUUCUGGUUGUGGAGGUUCUGGACAUAUUAAUCCAGCUGUUACAUUAGCAUUUUCAUUAAUUGGAAAAUUUCCAAUUAGACGUGUACCAUUUUAUACAAUUAGUCAAAUUUUAGGAGCUUUUGUUGGCUCUCUUGUUAUAUAUGGUGUUUAUUAUGAAAAAAUACAUGAAUAUGCUGUAACACGUGAAAAUGGAAGUUUUAUAGUAAAGACAACAGGUGGUAUAUUUGUCACAAAUCCUGGAGCAUCUCAUUUAACAUGUUUUCUUGAUCAAGUUCUUGGUACUGCAUUGUUAGCAGCAGGAGCUUUAGCUAUUACUGAUCGUAAUGGAUGGAAACUUCCAGAUUACUUACACCCGUUACAUUUAGCAUUUCUAGUUUAUGCAUUGGUUGGAUGUUUUGCAUUGAAUGCUGGAGCUGCAUUAAAUCCAGCUCGUGAUUUAGGACCUCGACUUAUGAUACUAAUGUGCGGUUGGGGUGGUUCAGCAUUUACUUCAGGGAAUUAUUUCUUUUGGGUACCUAUAUUAGGUCCAUAUAUUGGUGCAGUGAUUGGGGCAAUUCUUUAUGAAUUAACAAUUGGUAUACACCUUGAUCGUAAAUCAUUAUCAUCUUCACCACCGCAAACAACUACACCAUCUGGAGAGCAAAGAUUUGAUCUUGAUUCACCUGGAAAGUCUGGUACUCAUUUACUCACUCGGGGAUUAUAAUAUAUAAUAUAGUUUCUACAAAAAACGAAUCGACAUCAUGCUACAUUGUAAUUGACCUAUUUCUCCUUGAUUAUAUUUGAUAUCAAUCUAAUUCUGAUUGAAAUUGAUGUUCUUAUUAUAUUAAUGUAUGUGUACCAUUUGGUUGUUUACAGUUGUUCUUUUUUUGUGUGUGUCUUGAGAUAGUCACUCUACUCCAUCAACCCUUGUUUGAAGUGCUAUUUACCAUUCAAUCCUUAUUUUUAUGACAGAAACAUAUUUCCCUAUGAAUCCUUUUCAGACGUAAUGUAUACAGUUGUUUACUUGUGAAAGCCGAAUGAAAAGGCUAUCACUAACUUCACUUCGUUCUAUUUCAUCUUUAAUUUAACUUCAGAAAAAAAAACCCUACCUUACCCUGACUGAACCUUUUUUUGUUCGAUACCCAUUUAACGAAUAUGGUAGUCUUGUUUUAUUAUUCCUUUUUUUUUGUUUUGUAGAACACUAUUUUAAACAUUAUCUCAUCCCUUCUUGAUAUAUUCGAAGUAAGUGUAUGUGCACACAUUUCUUCAUUAAAAAAAAAACAAAACAAAACAUCACAGUUAGUUUACUUGUUUUAGUGAGAAUAAAUACUACACUCUAAUGAAUUAAUGUUUACACAUACAAUUUCUAUGUUCAACAAGAUUAAUGAUAAAAAGAAAAGAAUCUUCCCAUGGUUACUAAUUAUUAUUAUUAACAUCAUUUGAUAUACAUAUAUGUAUUUGUCUUUUCCAAUCAUAAUGACAAAUUGCAUGGGAACACUUUAGAUGGUUACAAGAAUAAUACUACUAAUUAAAUAAGUGUAUUAUUUAUUUAUUUAUUAUUUUUCGCUUUACCCAUCCCCCCCUCCUCUUUUGUUUUUAGUUUAACAGUGAAACAAGUUCAUAUUAGUGUUUACCUACAGUAUUCUUUAAAAAAAAUAGAUAUAUGUGUUCUUUUUGCUUUGGAUACCUUGUUCAUGCCUGUCCAAUAAAUAAUUGAUUUUUUUUAACUGACAAAAAGGUAACACUUGUGUUAUUGAUA